AUGCCGGACCCGGACCCGCCAGUUACAACGCAAGUUAAUAAUGCUCCUGUGUACCAGAUUCCUGCCCCUAAGCCUUUUUCAUUCAAGGCAAGCGACUGGGAUCAAUGGCACUUACGAUUCCAAAGAUUCAGAACCGCGUCAGGUUUGAACCAAAAAGUUGGUGAUGAACAGGUUAAUUCCUUGAUUUAUUUAAUGGGACCUCAAGCAGAGUCGAUAUUUGAGUCUUUUAAAUUAUCUGGAGAGGAUGCCAGUGGUGGAAAACGAGAUGUACAAAUUACGAAUGCGCUCAUUUACAUGGUAUGUAAAGACAAUGCACCUCAUUCAAUAGUGGAAAAGGAGGGUUUCCUGCAUUUUACCCGAACAAUUGCACCUUUAUACAAACCACCUUCCAGAAAUACUGUGAGUUUUUAA